AAAAAACUGAUGAGAGACUCAAUCGUUAGAUCUUACAUUAGGUCAAACAUGCCCCGUAUGCAAUGGACAGACGAUCGUCACUACCUUUUCGUUCAAGUUGUUGAAAUCCUCGGUGGCGAAGAGUUGGCAAAACCUAAGAAAAUUUUGAACCUUAUGGGUGCGAAUAACAUUACAUUAUCACAAGUGAAAAGCCAUCUUCAGAUGUAUAGGAACAAGAAGAAAGAAAAAGCUAAACAGGAAAUGAGAAUGAUGUGGCAAAUGUAUCAUAGGCAGUCCCAACAAUAUGUUCAGAUCUAUGAAAACCUAAUUCGUGAUGUUGUCCAAAUUGAAGAAAGUCCUGAGAUGGUAAACCCAAUGGUAGUAUCUUGCAAGUCUCUCUAUCAAUCUUGCAGGGUGGGACUAAAUGAAAACAGAGGCCAUGAUGUUGUUGUUGCUGAGGAUGGUGCGAAUGGCGAAGAAGACAUGUCCCUUGAACUCACUCUUGGUCUCAAGUAUUAAGAGGACUUUUACCAAAAAAAAAAAAAAAAAAAAAAGUAUUAAGAGGACUUUGGUUUCUAUCGUUUUAAGCUUUCUCUCUAUAUUUUUAUGUAAUGCUUAUCUCAUAUAAUGGGAUAAGAAAAUAAUA